ACUAGCGCUCCUAGUGAGAAGAAAAUAUUCUAUCAAUAUUCUGCUAAUCAUCAUGGCACUCGAAGCUUUAGUAAGUUGGCCGAAGAAUUUUCAUUUCGGACGAAUGUCUGAAAUUCAAAAUGGUUUAACAUUAAACGAAGAUUUCAUUGGAAAUUCAGUUUCACGUACCGCCUUUGCACUUCCACCAGUUUCUGAGGCUGCACUUGGAAUUAAGGAUAUUAAAAUAUGUGACAGUGGAAAGCGUAUUUCUAUAAAUUAUAAUAAAGGAACAACAACUUUAGCUUUUAAAUACAAAGGUGGAAUUGUUAUUGCUGUUGAUUCCAGAGCAACUAGUGGUAGUUACAUUGGAUCACAGACUAUAAAGAAAAUAAUUGAAAUUAAUGAGUAUCUGUUGGGUACAAUGGCUGGAGGUGCUGCUGAUUGUGUAUAUUGGCAGAGAGUUUUAGGAGAAAAGUGCAGGAUUUAUGAAUUAAGAAACAAAGAACGUAUAUCUGUAGCUGCAGCUUCUAAAUUAUUAGCAAACAUAUUGUUCAAUUAUAAAGGAAUGGGUUUAUCAAUGGGUGUUAUGAUAUCAGGAUGGGAUAAAAAAGGACCAGGAUUAUAUUAUUUAGAUACUGAAGGUAAUCGCUUUGCUGGAGAUAUGUUUUCAGUUGGAUCUGGAUCAAUUUAUGCUUAUGGAGUAAUGGAUCGUGGCUAUGACUAUGAUAUGAGUGAUGAUGAUGCUUUUGAUCUUGCUCGCAGAGCCAUCUAUCAUGCUACAUACAGAGAUGCUUACAGUGGAGGCAUUGUUAGAGUUUGUCAUAUGAGCAAAACUGGAUGGAAAGUUAUUAGUGAAGAUGACUGCAUGAAACUUCAUUACAUGUAUCAAGAUGAAAAAAUGCAAUGAAAUUCUUUUUAAAUAAAAAUAUUAUUUGUUCUUUUAGAGAUGUAACAUUUCAAAAUUAUCUAAAUACAAUGUUUUAUAAACUUU